UAUGAAACUCUAUAUCUUCCGUCUGUCUAAUUUUCCAGCCAGCAGAGGAGGUAACGGAGCAUUUCUCCAUCAUAUUGUUUGGGGUAAACAGAGGCGGCCAUUGUACGGGUCUGUUUGGCAUAACCUGGCCCUCCUGUAUUUACGUAUUUGUACAUGAGACAGCGAGACUUCAGCAGAAGAGAUGUCUGCUUCUUCAGUAUGGCCGAAUGGAAAAAGAAAAGAAUAACAACAAAUCAAAAACUUCUACAUUUAUUUAUUAAUGACCUUUAAGGACAAAAAGGUGCAAACAAGAACAAACCAGGACAACAUAAUACACACAAACGUGGACAAUACAAUAAGCAAGUACUUCAAAAAGACAAUAAAACGCAGAAAAUGGCAUAUUUCCACGCAAUGUGACAACGGAAGUAAUAGAGGGGAAGAUGGAAGAUCCGCCGAAUUCCUCCAGCCUGCACUGGUCCGUUAUUAACGUCAAUGAAACGAACUCCACCUCCUCGGACGCCUACGUCAUAAGCCUCGUCCUCUCCUGCAUCUACACCAUCCUGCUCUUCCCGCUCGGCCUCAUGGGUAACAUCCUGAUCCUGCUGGUGAACUUUGACCCUCGGCAGCGGAUGAGCACGCCAGACCUGUACUUUACUAAUUUGGCCCUGGCCGACCUAGUGUUGGUUCUGGACUCACUAAUUGAAGUGUUCAAUCUGAGCGCGCACUAUUACGACGAUGCAGUCUUGUGCUCAUGCAUGGCGAUUUUCCUACAGGUCAACAUGUACAGCAGCGUGUUUUCCCUCACAUGGAUGAGUUUGGACCGCUGCCUUGCGCUGACCGGCCUCAGAACGCGAGCGCUACCUAAAAACGCCUCCAUUUCGCAUCGUUCGCGCAUUGCUCGCAGGGCUUGCGCGACCAUAUGGGCGGCAGCCACCUUGUGCACUCUGAUUCCAUUCGCUACUGCGCAUGUGCAUCACGGAUGGGGGCGUGGCUUCUGUUUUGCAGGCGUGGCUGAGGUGCAAUGGCUGGAAGUGACGUUGGGAUUCGCUUUGCCGUUUUGCGUGAUGGGCGUCUGCUACACUUUAAUCGCGCGUGUGCUUUUGCACUCUGAACGGCCGCAGCGAACCAAAGCCCUGCGCAUGAUCGUCGCAGCAGUGAGCGUGUUUUUUGUGUGCUGGCUGCCAGAGAACGUCUUCAUCAGCGUGCAUCUUUUGAACGGUGACACGGAUGCCUCACGCAGACGUGGAAACCAUACUCUGUGGCAGCGUUACCCUCUCACGGGACACGUUGUGACCUUAGCGGCCUGCGCCAACAGCUGCCUGAACCCGCUCAUCUACAGCCUGCUGGGAAACACCUUUAGACGGAAACUGCAGGUGUUUGUCGCGCACCACGUGCCGUGCCUGCAUACGCAGAGCGCAAGAGCAACACCUCCCUGUCCGUGUGUAACAUGCACAAAUGUGCACCAUUCGUGCUCGCACGAGAAUAAGGAAGAGGAAGAACGUGACCUUCAAAGCGGCGAGGAAGGUCGAGAGUGUGUGUGUGACAGAGUGGGAUAAACAUGGGUUUUUUUAAAGAAAUUAACACUUUUAUUCAGUAAGGAUGCAUUAAAUUGAUCAAAAGUGACAAUAAAGAUAUUUAUUUAAAAUUAACUUUCUAUUUAUCAAGGAAUCCUGAAAAAAUGUAUCAUGGAUUCUGCAAAGAUACUGACAUUGAUAAUAAUCAGAAAUAUUUCUUAAGCAGCAAAUCAGCGUAUUAGAAUGAUGUGACACUGAAGACUGGAGUAAUGAUGCUGAAAAUACAGCUUUGCAUCACAGGAAUAAAUUAUAUUUUAAUAUAUAUUCAAACAGAAAUCAGUUGUUUUAAAUUGUGAUAAUAUUUCACAAUAUUACUGUAAGGGAAGAAAGCGGAUUAU